AUCAAAAUGAAAGGCGUGAACGGUGGAGAGAGUUGGAGGGGCAGGACUUUAAACAGAGAGAGAGCGCAGCGUCUACAGGGAGUCUAGAAGGGCACGCAAACCACGGAUGGGCCGGUGGGGAUGACUGGCGGCAAAGCGAUGACGAGCCAGAAAGAAUCUAGAACGAAGAUAAGGACAAGAGUCGGUCACAGGAUGGACAGAGACUUUCAGAGUCGAGGCCUGGUGGGGAAGAUAGAGGACGCGAAGCCAUGAUAUCACGCCUUGACGAUGGGCAUCGAGUCGUGCUCAGACAGACUCUCAACUCAAUGGAGUGGAGCACGCAAUGAGGACGUGCCUGUGUCACAAUGCAUUCCGCCAUGUGCGUCUUUCUUCCGCAGUUUCAGGAUUUGUUUCUUUCUUGGUUUUUGCCUCAGUGGAUCUCAAGCUUCUCGGAGUUUUUUAUGUCGGCCAAUCAGAGACUUCGUUUAUCAAGGAGACUGAGACUGAGUCGAGAUACACUCACAACCUUGGAAGUUGGACUCGCUCUCGAUUCUCAUCGUCAAUAAUAAUAGUGCGCCCCUGCAGUUCGAGAUUCCUGAUUAGCCUAAAUGGGCUGCUCAUUCUCCGAUCGACGAGGUCUGAGCUGAAGCUCCAUCCUCCUUUUUGCCCAACUCGCGCCCAACCACGAGUCUAUUGCUCCUGCAAUUGCUUUUGUAUCCCGUGUCAAGGAAGCUGCUUGAGCUGCUCGAGUGCUCGACCCCUAUCUUGCCGCUCUGGGUCCGCCACUCCGUCCAGUCUGUCAUGGACCUCACGGACCAAGACUUCCCCACUCGAUCGUCAUGAUUGUCACUCCUGCCAACUCAUCCGCGUCAGAUGCUGACAUUGGCGCCCAGAUGAGCGGCAGAGAUUGUCAGAGAUUGUCUGGUCCCUGGCCUAACGCAAUGUGAUGGAUGAUGAUAUGCGGCGGCCCUGAUAUCAGCCAAGAGAGGCGUACAUAAUGCCAAGUUCCCAGCCAUUCUUUGGUGUGAUAUUUUUGUUGCCGUGGAUAUCCGGAUUCCGAAACGUCGUCGGAGAAUGGUGGCG